CUCGGCGACGGAGACGGCGCGACGACGACGACGAAGCCGACCACGACGACGACACCAGCAGCGAGCCCACGCACAUCUCAUUAUUUCUGCUGCCCACACUGCGUAGCCCGCCGCCGCCGCCCCAGCUUGCUUGCCCUCCUCCCCUGGUGCAUCACCCCCUCGACUUCGCACUCGACCUCGACGCCCAUCCAUCCAAGUCGUCACCGCAUACUAGCCACCACAGCCCACCAUGUCGUACGGAGGGGGCGGAUACCGCGCCUCGACCGUCGGCAUGAUGCUGUCGGCGUCGGACGUCAUCUUUGCGCUCGAGUCGAACCGCGCGCGGACCGACCCAGCCCACGCCGAGGCCAUCAUCCGCUCGUAUGUCGAGACCAAGCUCGCGCGGGGCAAGACAAAGCUCGACACGAGCCAGAAGCUCGAGAUCCUCGAGCGGCAGCAGCUCCCUCGCUUCGGACGCGAGUUCUACGCCGUGCGCGGGGCAUACGGCCUCGGCCAGUCGCGCGUGCUGCGCCCCCCGCCGCCGGUGGUCACGACCACGACAGCGCGGCGGGCCUCGACGACGACCAACACGACAACACAUCAGCGUACAGCCAGCUCGGCAUCGCAUUCCGCCCAGGCGCGGGCAGCGGCUGCAAGAUUGCAACAGCUUGCAGCAGCGCCGCCGCGCCCGCGUGACCCCGAGGGGCCGACCGACGAGCCCCCGCCCCCGCCGUACUCGCUCGAAGACUCCAACCCGGAGGCUACGCAGGUGCUGGCGGCACAGCUGAGCUCGAACGUGCCCGACGACGAGGAGGGCGCCGCGGCGGCCAUCGAGCGGUCGACGAGCAACGUGUCGCGCCACUCGGCUCCACCCCCACCCCGCCGCAGCGAAGAGGAGACGCGCCCGCCUCCGCCGAACGGGGCAGAGCGGCAGUCGUCGGCCGACAGCAACAUUGACGACGCUGAGCGGCAGGCGCGCGAGGAGAGCGAGCUCGAAGAGGCGAUGCGCAUCUCCAUGCGCGCGGAGAAGGAGAGGCUAGAGUACGAGGCCGCGGUUCAGGCGAGCUUGGCCCAGGCCGAGGAGGACGCAUUGCGCCGCAGCGUCCAGGACAACAUGGAGGCCGGGCCGAGCAACGCCGGGCCGAGCAACCACGCGUCGAGCAGCAGCGCUGCCGGCCCGUCGUCAUCUGCUGCCCCGCCACAGCUCGCAGCCCCGCCCAAGGCUGAUGACCUCUCGGACAUGUUCGGCUCGAUCGACUUCAACGCGCCGACGCUGACGCCGAGCCCGGCGCCGGUACGCCGCGCCAGUGUGGAGACGCCGCUGGGUUCGCCUUCGCAGGUUCCAGCGGCGCACUCCCCGCUCCGGCCGCAGAUCACUGGUAUGCAGAGCCGGAACCCGUUCUUGACGGUCGAGGAGCGCGAGCUGCUCCAAUCGAUCGAGGAGGGAACGCCGGGUGUGCUCGCGUCGGACACGACACAUCCAGUUACGCCCCCGGCUAUACGAGCCACGCUGUCGCCGCAUAAUGGAAACAAACCGCUCCCUCCACCGCCGCCGGCUGAUGUCGGCGAGGGCGAGGAGUAUGAGCAGUCAGAUGACCACCAGCACUACGCGUCUGCCCAGUCGUCCUCCCACUCCGAUCAGCCCCCGACAUUACCUCCGCGAGACACGCAGUAUGCCGCGCCGAACGGACCACCGCCGUCCCUUGGGCCAGCGUAUGCGUCGCCCGACGGUCCUCCACCAGGUUGGCAGGGCGGUCUCCCGCCAGCGACGGGAGCCAGGCGCCCGCUGCCUGUCCCGUCUGUCGCGAGCGCGAUUGACCAGAGCAACUAUGACCGCCAGAACUCGCUCGCGUCGAGCUAUGGUAUCGAGAGGAGAACUGCAUCCGGGUCGUACACUGGCCUCGACCGGCACAACACGCUGCCAUCAAACUACAACCAGGGCGCGCAAGGCCUAGAGAGGAAUAACACCAUCGGCUCUAUGCCGUCGCAGUACACGGGCGGGCAGAGCUACAGCCCAGCGGUGAGCAGCGGCACGCCAGAACUUACCUAUGCUCCGACUGGCAGCGCCGCACCGGGAUUCGGAAACACCUCGUUCCCCCGUGUCCCUUCAUUCCCGGGUGUCCCAGGCAUCCCAGGCGUGCCCGAAGUUCCAGGCGUCCCAUCGUUCGGCUCCCACACGCCUUCGCCGCCACCAGUGCCGCCCCACCCCAACUCGCUUCCUGUGCCUGUCGCCUUCCCAGUGCCGCAGUUCGGCAGCUCGCCGGGCGGAUCGUCGAUGUCGUCAUACUCGAACCCAGGACCGCCCCCUCCACUCCCUGCGAGGUCGCCAACACUGCGCACGCCAGCGCCCGAACCCGCGCCUAUCAUGGUCGGGGGAGAGAAUGCCUUGGAGAUGCUUCGCGACUAUGACACAGUCUUCCUGGUCGACGACAGCACGUCGAUGGCGGGCGAGCGAUGGGAACAGGCAAAGACGGCGAUCAUGGGCGUCGUCGCCCAGGCGGUGCAGUACGACGAGGACGGAUUGGACGUCUACUUCUUGAACUCAAAACGUGUCGGCAAGGAUCUGCGAACAGCCGAGGAUGUCGAAGAUGUGUUUGCCGGGCUCAACCCACAUGGUGCGACGCCCACUGGCCUUCGGAUGGAGGCGAUUCUCCGCGACUACAUGGCGCGGCUGGAGCGAUCCACGGCGCAUCCCGAGGAGGGCGAGGUCAAGUCGAUGAACCUGAUUGUGGUUACCGACGGCGCGUUUGCGAAACCUGUCCUUCUGCGCACUCUCGCUGCAUCGCCUCAACUUGAUCGUGCCACGUUACUUGAAUCAGCCCCGACCGAUGAUCCGGAGAGCGUGCUGAUUUCCAUCGCCAAGCGCCUCGAUCGCGGCGACUACCCGCUGUCGCAAGUAGGCAUCCAGCUGCUACAGAUUGGCGACGAUGCAGAGGCAACAGAAGCGCUGCAAGAGCUCGACGACGGACUGGCAGCCGCGCACGGGGUACGCGAUAUGGUCGACACGGUGCCCUACAACGGCGAGGCAAUGUCUGCCAAGCUGAUCGUCAAGGUGCUGCUCGGGGGCAUCAACCGGCGGUUGGACCGUAAGGCGGCGACAUAGAAUCAGAGUUUGCAGCGUGCUGAACGGUAGGGUGGCGGGUGGGGCCCAGCGGCCAAGUGAAGGAUGCAAGAGUCGUGCAGCGCGUGCAGCCGGCGGCAAAAGCUGUGCCCGCGGCAAGAUCAAACUCGGUGCAAGCAAGGCCAGUAAGGGCAAGUGUGGCGAGGAGUGCGAGUGUGGUGGCAGGGGUGGGCGGCUGGGAGAAUCCGUGGGCGGCGACCCCGACAACAGCAGCAGCAGCAGCGUCGACGCCGUCGUGGGCCAUGGGGCGAGCGCAUCAAGCGGCAGUGGUCAGCACCGCCGGCACCGGUGCCGCAAGUCACACGCCCGGGAACUUGGCAAGGCCGGCCUGUGGUGACGCGAAGCAUGUCGUGGCAGGGGGAGGGGCGAGGGGCGAACGAGAACGCGACCUCGGCCUCGGCCUGGGCACCGGCGCCCACUAGAUCGCCUGUAGCAUAUCGCCCUCCGCUAGCCCAGGUAGACGAGCGCGGCGGGGCAUGGGCGAACCACACCCCGCCGCCCCCACCGCCGCCGAUGCCGUGGGCCGCGGCGGCCCCGUCGCCGCCCCGCGUGCUCCCCACCCCGCCACCCGAGCUACCUGGGGGGCAAGGAAGCAAGUGGCCUCCUGUCGGGUUACCCUCCCUCUCGAGGACGAGGUCGCCCCCGCUGCCGCUGCCGAUGCCACCUUUGCCGCCAGGCCCGUGGCCUGCGCCGGGCUAAGUGCAGGCAAGCCUAUAUGCCACACCCGGUCGUUGUAUCAUACUUAUCAUGCACGCCCCACAUGUAUGACAUGACUGCUG